AAUUGCGUUUUGAUUUUGCAAGUAAAUCCCUAAUCAACUUAUUACAAAAGUUUCACAACACUAUGCAUCACGGUAAAAAAGUCUAGCUAGGGUAGGGCUUUGUUUGUAAAGUGGAAAUUAAAUGUAAAAAGAAACUUUUAGAGCUAUUGUAGAGUAGUUAAAAAUGUGAUAGUGUAAUGUUGAUUUGAUAUAAGUUACUUAAUAUAUUAUAGAAUAUUUAGAUUAAUUAUUGUAAAUACAAAACUAAAUAAAUAAUUGGUGACCUUGAGCGUAAGCAAUACAGCUGUCAGAUAACCUAACCACAAUUUUUGUAAACGAAAGAUGAAAAUACGAGUUUCUAUUGUGAAGUGUUAUUUUAUGCAGCGUAAAUAAAUAUCCUUUGUAACAAUGGAUGAAACCGUCACACACUACAUAACUUCCCACCCAGCUGAUGAGGCGGUACAUGUGGACGGAAAUGCCUUGGCCCUCAAUGUGCAGGAUGAUGGAGGCGGCAGGGUGGCCAUCAUGCACUCCCAGACAUUCUCCACCUCACUCUGCAGACAAGUAUCAGUGGGAGACCAAGUGGCUGAGGGUCAAUGGGGGGAAGAGCUGAUGGAUCCAGAAGGCAGGCUGGCAGCUCUCAUGGCACACAUCACCUCCCAACAGUCGAGGGGACAGCCUCAGAUGCACCAUAAGAUUCAUACAGUAAGGGGUGAUGUGGAUAGCUCUAUAAUCCUGGAUAGCUCCAUGAGGCUAUUCCAUGGCCCACCAAUGGACCAGUCACAAGAUGCCAUAGUGGUAGACAUAGGCCACCUGCCUCCUCUGCCUCCCUUGCAGGACAUGAAACGGUGUCCCGAAACUGAUUGGUUCAGUAAUAAGGCCAAACUACAACUUAAAGACGACUCGUCUAUGGUGGAGUCAGACGGGCCAGUACUAGAAUUAGGUCCGGGAGCAUCGCCGGCGCAGCACAAACAUCAGAGCAAGAAGAGUUUGCCGCACAAGAAGAGAAUAUCUAGGAAGUUGAAGAAGAAUAACGGCAAUAGUACUCCUGAGCAGCAGGAGCUGGUAGUGAUCAGCUGUUCUGAUGUGGAUUCUCGCAUGGGGCUGGCGGCGCCGGGCUCGGAGCAGGAGAUCCUGCCCGACACCUUCGCGCCGCACCACGCGCACCACAUCACCCAUGAGGUGCGUCCAAUCUACAUCUGCCAGCUAUGCGGCGAGUUCUACGGAGAGGAACAGUUGAAGUUCUACCAGCAUCUGAAACAACACUAUGAGCCUCACAUCAUUAUUGAGAACCCCGUGCCUGAUUUGGGCAUCGAUAAGAUGUCCAACAGCUGCAUAGUAGACAACGUAACAACGAUCCCAGAUUCAAUCGUAGAACUGUCUCUCGAGAACACCAUACCCAAAACCAUGUACCAAACGAUAGACAAACACGUACUAUACACUACAAGCGAUAAAACAUACACGUACCCUAACAAUAAGGUUCAAUAUUCCAUGGCAAGUAUGGACAAGGAACCGCCCACUGUGGUACAAGAGGUUGAGAAGACGGAUCUAUAUGAUUCUUUGGAUAAAUUGGAUUUGUACAGCUGCGGGAAGUGUAAUAAGUCGUUUAGGAAGCAGAAGCAGUGUGAAGCGCAUAUUAAAGAGGUUCAUAGUAAUAUGAAGCUAGAAGACAUGGGCGAAUUCAGCGAACCAGAAGACUUAAUGGAAGGCAUCCACGUCGCCGUCGACGAACCACAUGAAUCGCACGUUCCGCACGAUUCCCACGUUCCUCACGACUCGCACGUGCCGCACGACUCGCACGACGCGCACGAGUCGCACGCGCAACAUCAACAGUAUGAACAUACGUUGCUGCCGCACCUGACGGUGGAAAACGGACAUGCACAUCAAGAGAAUGUGAGGCAUUGGUACGGUCGCGGGGCUAGCACGGCGCCCCCGGGCGGCGCAGCUCCCGCGGGCGCGGUGCAGUGCUGCGCGGCGCCGCAUGAUACACAACACCUCAAGAUGCUUAAAGCUAACUCGCAAUAUGAAAUCCUGCGCCGUAUCCUAGAAACAGAUGUGACAACCAACAACCAGAAUUUCGCCGACAACAUUAUACCCGACAACGCCGACAACAUUAUAACCGAAAACCCCGACAACAUGAUGUCCGACAACGCCGACACUUCUGACCUACCUAAUGACAACCCACCACCUGAUGACACUCCUGCUAGUGACGUGAAACCAGAUGUGGAGAAGAAGAAAAGUAAACAUUUCGAGUGUCCAGAGUGUCCGAGAGUGUUUCAACAUCGGAAUAGUUUGUUGUAUCAUUUGUUGUCGCAUAGUGGGAAGCAGCACAUGUGUCGAGAGUGCGGGAAGGGAUUUUAUACUGUUGCUGCGCUUAAGAUCCACAAGCGCGUGCACAACGGCGACCGGCCGUACAAGUGCGACGUGUGCGGCCGCGACUUCCGCCAGUGGAGCGACGUCAAGUACCACAAGAUCUCCAUACACUCCGACCAGAAACUAUUUAAAUGCGAGUUCUGCGGCAAGGAGUUCGCUCGCAAAUACUCCCUGAACGUCCACCGUCGCAUCCACACGGGCGAGAGGAACUACAAGUGUGACUACUGCACCAAGACCUUCCGAGCCUCGUCCUACAGGCUCAGCCAUAUGCGGACACAUACUGGUGACAGACCCCACAAAUGUUCCCAGUGUGACAAGAGUUUCCGCGUGGGAGGCGACCUGCGCCGGCACAUGCUCAUACACGACAAAGUGCGGAACCGGAUUACAGACCAGAAGACCAAGCCCAAAGACAACGACGACAAGAAACCCAUAGACAAAGCAGACGACAAACCUAACAUCAAAAUAGAAUCAUCUAAAAUUAAGAAAAUUGCCCUAGCAUCUACUACUAAAGGUCCCAUAAUUUUAAGGUCUUCUGAAAAGAAAACUAAGCCUAAUAAGAAAAACCAUAAUCCCAAAAAAGGAGCGCCUAACGUAACCAUAGACCAGCUAGAUGAAAGCUAUACAAAUAACGUGGAAGUGUUCGACACGAGGCAAGACGGACAUUAUGGAAAGUUAGUUUCUGCUAAAGAGGAAUAUAGUGAGUGUAAUUAUAAAGACGAACUCGAAAAUCCGUUUGCGAAGCAAGUUAUAGAGUACAAAGAGGAACAAAGCCACGAGAGGGAACUUGCUAUACUGAGGCCUAUGUUUAGGAACAAUGUGCUCUGUGAUCAGACUGUGGCCGAACCCGACCAUACAGUGUUUAGACAAGAGAAUACUGACGGGAAAAUGCAAGUGUACACUCAUAUAGAGAAGGGUAAUAUCAUAGUGCCUAAUUCUCAAAUGUCACUUGGACAUUUGGAGCGUGACGUGCGGACAGAAAUGCAUGAAACUACUGAAAACGGCUUCAUCGAGAGACUGACGGCGCUCUACAACAUACCCGCGGUAUGAGCCUCUGUGAUACACAAACAGACCACGCCAAAUAACUUUGCGCCUCUGAAGUCAUACGAAAUGCGAAUGCGCAAGUUCGGAAGCGCACAGUUAUCUGACGUGAGCUGUAACUAGUUUCAAUUUUAUCCAUAUAAAUUAGUAUUACAAUCGCUGCUACAAGGCGCUACUUGGCUUGAAAUGGCAAAAUUGGAUACGACUUUUCGUAUCAUAAGACUAAAAUUAAAUUAAAGAUUAAAGACUGCGAAUAUGAAAUACGAGUUUCCAUAUCCCCUUUUGCUAAGUAUUUAUUAAUAGAAAUAACUUUGUUUUAUUACAUUUUAUUUGAUGAAUAAAUGCUUAAAAUAUUAUCGAGUAACAACAAGGUAUGAAAUCUUCCGAAUGCUUCGUAGCGCCAAAAGUUAGUGGCAUCCAAACUUAUUUCUUAGGACCAAAAUAUAUCAAAUAAUAAUGCGAAAGUUUUAUAAAACUAACAUUUGUACCGCUUUGUUAUUUAUUAGGAUUUUAUAUCGGCACGGGUCUUACGCAGACACAUUGUAUAAUGUAGUCAAUUUAAUGUACUAGAAUAGUCCAAAUACUAGUUCUUUUAUGUAAUCACUAUUUUCUUUAAUUUUAUUUAUAAUAUUUGGACGGCGGUUACUACGGAUCUAUCUUACUUUUAAUGCACUUAAUUUUUUUCUUUUUAUAAUUUUUUAGCAAAUAAAAUAUACAAAGCUUGAUUUUUAUCAAUCGGGAAUAAUCUUCAACUUUUAAAAAUACGGAAUUCCUUGCUAAUAUUAUAAAUGCAAAAGUAACCCUGUCUGUCUGUCGCACUUUUACCGAAACUACUAAACCGAUUAUGAUGAAGGGUAAAAAAUAUAGAUAUCCUAGACCCUAUUACCCAUAAGUAGUAUGUAGUUCCCUCGAGAUAAGAGUGGAACCGAGGAGAACACGUAGAUUAUACUUACUUUGUUUUCAAAUAACUACGUUCUAAAUGUAUAACGCAGAACAUUAGUGUGAUAAUAGUGACUUAUUCUAGUGCAGUUUAGUAUAAUUGAACUAGAAGGACAACACAGCAAUAAAAUUAAUGUACAUAAUUACUAUUGGUUCAAUGAUCAAGUGAUUUCUUUAAAAAUGAGGAUUGUUUUGAUGGGUACCUAAUUUUGCUGUUUUUGAGAAAUUGCAUUUGCCAAUGUUAGGAAUGGGAAAUAAAUGUACUAAUUUAUUAUCUAUAAGUGCAAUUGAUAAAAAGUAAGUACGUUAAACACCUUUUAAGAUAGAAUGAUUAUCGCAUCAUGCAAAUUCUCUUGUGAGCCCGUGGCAGACACUAGUUCAUGUAAAUUUUUUGAGUCAACAUUUCAAGCGCCAACUAUAUUAGAUACCCACCAUAACCAACCAUAUAUUUAACCUGUUAAACAACUAAUAAUAAUUCAAAGAGGCCUUUAAUAAAGAACAGAUAUUGAUAUAAAAACUAUAGUCAAAUUUAAUAGUUACGUUGUAUUUAUACAUUUUAAUAUGUUCUAUGAUAUAAUGAUCAAAAUAUACCGAGAUGGAAAUAUAUACUUCUAAUGUAUAAAGUUGACCUCGAAAAUGUACUGUAAAUAAAGUGAAAUAAUAUCAAGUAAUGUGCUGAAAUAAAGACUGAAUUCUAAUGUUUUGCUAGUGUAUGUUAUGUAUACUAAUAACUUAAGCGUAAUAUUUUUACUUAGACUAGAUGCAGCAUAAUGUAACGAUAGAGUUAUAUGUUACUUACCUCGAAAUACUCAAACGUUACUUAAUUUUUAAGUUAAGCAGUUUUUGAAUUGAGUGGCGUUUGAGUGUUUGGCCGAUAGUGAAUUAUAGUGACGUUGUGACGUCGUAGUUACAGUGCCAAUAACUGAAACUGCAGGAUCAUUUUAUACAUACAUACCUUUUUGAAAUAACCAAAAUAAUGCCAGGAUUGGUUAUAAACAGUACCUAUUUGUAGUCGGAAUAAAGGUUGCUAUAGUUAAUACUUAAUAACUCCUAUCCUAGAAUAACACAUUGAUGACUCUAAAAAGGACAUAACAUUAACAUAAGUAUAUGAAAAUGGUUAGGUACCACGAUUUGAUAUCAUCUUAUAGGCAUUUUCAUAGAGACAGUUGCUUGUAAAAUGAUCUUGCAGAUAUAUUAGUUUCUCCAUUAAACCACAUAAAUGAACUAUAAUGUUUUACUUCCACUUUGAACGAACUUAUCACUAUUAAUAAAAUUAACGACUGCUUGCCUAUGUAUGAACUAAAAUCAAAUGAAAUGAUGUUAUAUGUAGUCAUGACAUUGAACAUGAAUGAUUUUAUCAUGCAAUAAAUAAUUUUAGCAAUAAUUGAAUUGAACCACAAACUAAAGAGUCAUUUGUGAGAAUUAAGCCAUUUAUGAAAAGGGAAAUAAUUGUAUAAUAUCUUAUUGAACCAUUGAUUGCACACUUAUGAAGUUUUCAAAGUUUAAAGGCAUUGAUGAAAUCUUAAACCCAACGGGUUUUAACCACAAGUUACAUUGUAUAUUAUUUUAAAUCUUCAUACAUCUGAAUAAUCGAGCAUUUGUUACACAAAAACUUUUAAUCAUCAUAUUACACGGCGGACUUGGUUUGCCGAGCCUUCUAACAUGGUUAUACAAUACAAAAAUUUUAAGAAAUGUUUUAACUUUUAAGUAUUCACAACAUCUUAAGGCUGUGUUCAAACCAAACUGACUGUCAGCCGCCGAAUGUGAGCGAGCGUUACGCAGUUUAUUGUAUUUCCAUACUUAUAUGCAUUUUUUCGUUCACAUAUAACCGACGAUACGCUAUGAGUAAUAUGCACUGACGCUGACUGGUUUGAACGCAGCUUAACUGAUAAUUAUCUUAAAAAAUAAUUGAAGCAAGCUUCAAAUUGAUUUUAUCCCUUUUACACACACGCAUCUACCACGAAUUAUUACAAAAAAUAACUGAAACAAGCUUCACACUGAUUUUAUACGUUUUAAAAUACACACAUACACACACAAGGUAAUGUAUUACUUAAUUUUUAAUUCAAUAAUUUAUUCUUCCAAUGAAUCUGCUUUCAAAAUAACUUAGAAGAAAUCUAUCAAUAUAUCUUAUACAGUCAUACACUUUGAAUGAAAUAUGUUUUUGUAUGUUUUCUCCUUCCAAUACAUAAUGUAAAUAACUAUGCUUCCGAAAGACAAGUAACUGUUCAUAAGUUCACGGAGUCUAUGUACCACCAAGUUUUGUACAUUGUAAAUACUUGUAACCUAUCAUAGUUCAAGAGAAUAAAUGAGUUUCUUGUUA